CGCAAGCCGGUUUCGACGCUGUCGAUCCCCGGCGCUAUGAAGGCGUACUCUGGCGGCGGGAGGGACGCUUCGACCGAGGAGGCUGGCGUCGCGCUCGUUGGCGUGCAUAGCGAGUACCCGCGCUUCGGCGAGGAGCGGGCGCUUGGCGGCGGCACCUACAAAGGCGGGGGGGCGGCGAAGCACAAACCCAAUAUAGGAUAUAGAUUAGGUAGAAGAAAGGCGCUAUUUGAAAAAAGAAAACGAAUAAGUGACUACGCUUUAGUAAUGGGGAUGUUUGGUAUUAUUAUAAUGGUUAUAGAAAAUGAACUUUCAAGCGCUGGUGUUUAUACUAAGGCAUCAAUAUAUUCCCAGGCGUUGAAGACGCUUAUAUCAAUGUCGACUGUGAUUUUACUUGGCCUAAUCGUCGCGUAUCACGCUUUAGAAGUACAGUUAUUUAUGAUAGACAACUGCGCCGACGACUGGCGGAUAGCCAUGACGUGGCAGCGCAUAGCCCAGAUAGCGUUGGAGCUGGCCAUCUGUGCAGUCCACCCCAUCCCUGGCCAGUACACCUUCACGUGGACCACCAAGCUUGCCAACAAAGGAGGCGUUAUAGGCGUUGAAGUUGGCACAAUGUAUAAGCAAAUUCAGGUCCCAUACGACGUCACGCUCUCGUUACCGAUGUUCUUUCGGUUAUAUCUCAUAUGCAGGGUCAUGUUACUACACAGCAAGUUGUUCACGGAUGCGUCUUCAAGGAGUAUAGGAGCUUUAAACAGGAUUAAUUUUAACACUAGAUUUGUUUUGAAGACACUAAUGACCAUUUGCCCUGGUACUGUGUUACUAGUUUUUAUGGUGUCAUUAUGGAUCAUUGCGAGUUGGACGCUAAGGCAAUGCGAAAGGUUUCACGAUGAAGAACAUGCUAACCUACUCAAUGCGAUGUGGCUUAUUGCAAUUACGUUUCUCUCCGUUGGUUUUGGUGACAUUGUGCCAAAUACAUAUUGCGGCAGAGGUAUAGCUGUUAGCACCGGCAUUAUGGGGGCUGGAUGUACAGCAUUGUUAGUGACAGUGGCUUCGCGAAAAUUAGAAUUGACUAGAGCGGAGAAACAUGUUCAUAACUUCAUGAUGGAAACCCAGCUCACUAAGAAGCUGAAAAACGCAGCAGCAAACGUACUACGAGAGACGUGGCUAAUUUAUAAGCAUACGCGACUCGUGAAGAGAGUCCACCCAGGUCGAGUGAGGACGCACCAGAGAAAAUUCCUACUAGCUAUUUAUGCGUUACGAAAAGUCAAGAUGGAUCAAAGAAAACUCAUGGACAACGCCAACACAAUAACAGACAUGGCAAAGGACCCCUUUCUGUUGCAGACCCAGAACACCGUCUAUGAGAUCGUCUCGGAUAUGAGCACGAGGCAAGACAGCAUAGAAGAGAGGCUGACUAGUUUAGAAGAAAAACUUACAUCAUUACAGGAACAAGUGAACAACCUGCCAGAUGUAAUGGCGCGGUGCCUGCAGCAGUGCUGGGAGCGAGCAGAACAGCGGAGGAACUUCUUGCACCCCGACACGGCUGCGGCACCGACGCCACCCGCCUCUACCAUAGCGCCUUAUGCCAGAACACUAGCGUCCACGACGCACCCGUGGCCGCAGAGCCCCGUCCUCCAGCCUCCCGGGAGAACGCAUUCGGCCCCCGAGAGCACCGCGGCCCCCUCGCCGACCCCCCAGCCCACCAGCCCCGCGCCCUCGCGGCCCCCCCUACCCAGCUGAGUACCGCCUUCCAACUCCGAACUCCUGUGCUGAACUCGACGAAACUCGGCGCCCCUCCUCUGACCUCCCCACAACCCGAGCCCGCCGGGAAUCAAGUAUGACUGCGAUGUAAAAUACUGAACACGAAUUUAUUAUAGAUGGUGGUGGCGUCAAAACUACGGUGUUAUUCUUUUGGAUUAUCUUUUCGGUUUCGCUUUACCAUGCCUGUCAGUUUGAGGGAUCUUGAAUUUGAUUUUUGAUGCAUAAAAUUGUAAAAAAAUUAAUCAACACAUUUUGAUCGAACAAGACCAAUUAAUUGAUCAUUUAAUAAAGAAAUAAAGAAGAAGAUUAAUAAAAAGAAAUUUUUGAUGAU